AUGCCCAUCGAAGAUCCAUCGCUUCAAAACAUGGCCACGCUCUGCAUGGGCUCGUUCCCACGCGGCGUGGCUUCGUUUGAGACGUCGCCGGACGUUUUCUGCCAACUUAUCUUUGUUGACUACCAGAUCCACUUUUUGCUCCAGAAACACUUCCAGGGCGAGCUUUAUGCACAUCAGACGGUGAAAUUGGGUGCCGAGGCGCGCGACGAUGUGGACGAGUUGAAAAAAGUGCUCGAAUCGGUCGUAAACUCGUCGUCUGGCGCCGACUUUGGUGCUACAGAAGCUCUCUACCAAGCCGUGCUCCAGGGGCACUUACGGCUCUUGGAGGGCGAUGUAAAUGGUGCCUAUACCGUUUUAGAAAAACAUCUGCGCGGCAGAAUUGCGAAAUCCAGCUCUGCGACCGAGGACUCGUUCCUUGAAUACUUGAAGAUAAGACUCUGCUGCUUGAUCGGAGCCACUCUGGCGGAGCUGUUUACGCACUGGAUCAUGUACUUGGCGGAAAUGCGCACGGUAUUGCCGAAAAGCGAGGUCGCGGCCCGUAUCUGGACCCGUGCCAUCUUAGAGAACGUAUUUAGAACAUUCCUGGCUCAGGCUCCGAGACCGCUCAAGUUUCUGGACUUACACACGCAAAGAUUUGGCGGCAAUGUUUGUGCCGUGGUGUUGUUUGCCAGCUUCUGCCUCCAGAGCCGCGGCACGAGCCAGUUGCAUCCUGCCUUCGCUGCUGAGUUCAGCCAGUACCUUACCGGUUUGCUUGAAGAGGCCACCAAAGCCAAGGCUGACUUUCCCAAUGCUACUCAGUUGAGAGCGCCGGAGUUGUUGUUGAUGGAUGCCAUCUUUAGCAGCGUCAGCGAUAUCACUUCCAGUAGAGAAUACAUCACGAGCAUUCUCAAACGCAAGGUCUCCAAGAGAUACCUCGUUCACAUGGCCGAGCGCUCAUUCCAGGAUCACAAGGUGCUCAUGUUUCUCAUCCAGACGCUCAUUGAUAUGAAGGAGUACGACGAGGCCUUCGCUGCGUUCGCUACCUACGUUGAGUACAUCCAACAGCAGCAGACUCGAAACAAGGGCUCUUUGGACGAUAUCCUUGCUGUUAUUGAUGUAUACACCACAUGUAUCACGGCCUUUAAUCCUGCUAAUUCCUUUAUUCCCGACGCUAAGCUGCCGUCUCCUAGAUUCAAGUAUAGAUGCACCGACGAGGUGGUGCUGAGACUCAAGAAAGAAUCUGAGUGCUUGGUGCAAUACUUAGAAAGAGCCUCCACUAUUGCUGGCUUGCUGUAUGUCAGCAGUCAGCUAGACGAGUCUAUCGACCGGAAUCUCGCCUUCUUAUACUUCCGUUUCAAUCCAAAUUCGUUUAUUGGUGACAAAUCUCCCUUGGCAAAAUCUCUCUGCAAUGGAUGGUACGCUGUUGGCCAGUUCCAUUCCUACUUGUCGACCUACGAGACCAACUCGAUUGCAGACAUGAAAACUAACAACGAGAAGAUCCUUGAGCUAUUCAAAAAAGGGCUUAUCGUGAAUUGCAGACGCAACGUGACUCACUUGUUUGAGUACGCGUUGAAGCUUGCCUAUUCCCAAAAAUUGCAGUCAGCUGCAAGGUUGUGUAAGUUCAUUUUGAAGGGUCACCCUGAGCUGUUCAAGACUUGGAACUUGCUCAUUUUGGCGCUCUCUGGCUUGGAGACUAAGGACAGAUCAAACGACGAGACCGCGCCAUCGGACGACAUUCUCUCGGACGUCCAAAGUGUGUCGCAAAGCAACCUGGAGAAGUUUUCCGACGACGCCUUGAAUGUGGCCAGUCUCUACAUCACAAAGAACCAGGAAAAUGGAAUCGCCACUCCAAUUGAAACGUGCUAUGACAUUCUCCAACUUAAAAUGACUCAGCUUGCAAUUUUGGAGCGCAACCGCGGUAUUGAGCACAUGCUCCAUCACGUUUCAGAGGUUUUUGUACUCUACAAGGAACUCUUCCUGGACCUGACCCUUUCCCACGAGGCCGACAACAUGCACAGCAAAUUUGAGAGCAGAUCAGUUGGGGUGUGGUCGCAUCGUCCCAGCGUGAUUGAUCCCUCGGAAAGAGCACAAGCGCUUCAACGGACCAUGUCGCUGCGGAAACUGAACAUGGUGCCCAAGGAUAGCCUCAAAAAGCCCGCCAAGAUCGAGGAGGUCCAAAACGAGGGCAAAGAGCCCAAGGACAAACACUACGAGAAAGAGCUGCGCAUUCUCCAGCAGUUGUGGUUGUGGACGGCAUCGAUUUACCUCAAGCUCGAUUUGCCCGAAGAGGCAGAACAGUGCAUCGUGGAAGCCGAAACGGCCGACAAGCCCAACGUGCUCACGUUCACGUAUCUUGGCCUCUUGACGUCGCGCAGCCGCAAGUUCUUGGCGCUCCAGGAGUUCGAGAGAUCGUUGGAGGUGUACCACUUGCCCGAAGAACAAUACAACAAAGUCGGCUACGCGCUCACGCUUCUUGGCUUGUGCAAGCUUUUCAUCGUGGACGACGACAAGAGCAACUCGCUCUUCAUCUCCAGCAAGGACCACAACGCGGGAUUGGUGCGGUUGAAGAACUACUUGGAGGAGUUCAGCCACUGUUGGCCAUAUGGCUACAACAACUCGGAGCUCUGGUACUACUUGAGUGGGCUCUACCAGAAGUUCGACGACAAGAUCUUGUACAAGGAUGCGCUUUGGCGGUGCGUUGAGCUUGAGGACUGGCGGCCUGUUCGUUCGUUUGACGUCUGCGAGGGUCUUCGGUUCUGA